CAGUGAGCUCAUAAUGUGAAAAUACAUUUCCUUAAUUUCUGAAGAUAUGUGGAAGUAAAGAGAAGGUUUUCUUAACUUCGAGUCCUGAAUUCCCAGUCAAGAUUCUCAAGAGGAUCGUCGCAUCCCUCGCAUGUGUCAAAACUCAAAAGGGAGCCAUCUGUUCAAAACAAACCGUUCUCCACGUGAAGCAAGUAAAUAGGCUAAAUCAGUUGUACUACCUAUUUACGUUGAUAAACAGUAAUUUAGUAAGACAGUUAUUAAAAAUAUAUUGAUAAGGAAAUUAUACUCAUUAGUUUAAAGUCAUCAAGGUUUAGGUGCUUUCUGUGGCAACAGGAAAUAUGGUUAAAGUGCCCCUCGAUGAUUGUGAUACUGCUGAGAAAAUGGCUGAUCAUAAACCAAAGAAAAAGAAGAGGCACAGUGAUCAGUCUCUUGACAGUAGUGCUUUAGCUACUGAAGAACAGAAAAAUUUAGUUUUAGAUGUCAUAUCACCAAAUGAUGAAGGAAGCUCCAUAACUCCUACGAAAACUAAAAAGAAGAAGCGUUCUUAUGAUCCACAUAAUACUACAGAUAUUCCAGACCUCAAGGAAAAUGGCAUAAAUAAAGAAGCUAAUGGUGAUAUUGUGGGUGAAGAAGUUGUUGAUGAAAAGAGUUGUGAAACUAAACAUAAAAAGAAGAAAAAGAAACACGUUGAAGAAAGUGAUGAGGUCAUUAAUCCAUUUACCAAGGAAAUACAGGGUAGUCCAGCGGUAAUGGCAGGGGAAGUGCUGGGUGAAAGUGAACAGAAAGAAAAUCAUGAGUUGGCUGUGGAAAGUGAAGACGGGACACCUCACACGAAGAAGAAGAAAAAAGAAGGAGAGAGAAUCUUCUGACCAAAAAAUGGAGCAUGUGACACCUGAUGCUAAUGAUGAACUAUUUACUCGGGAAAAGAUUAAUGAUGAAGAGUCACGCACUGCUGGAGGAUGUUCUGUAGCUGAUCAAGUUAAGGAAAAGAGAAAAUCUAAGGUAUCAAAGAGCAAGUUGAUUCCUGAGGUGGUGAAUGACGUGACAACAGAGCCCCUUAACAUUAUGGGUACUGCAGAACAAGUGCCAGAGGAAGAGACAAUUCGAAAAAAGAAAAAGAAGAAGCGUAGUGAUAAAUCUUUUGAAGAAUUUGCUCCUCCAGAUACUGCUGGAGGAGAAGGUGAUGUUUCAACUGUUACUUCACAGAGUGAUGCAGGAAGCUGCAUCUCCUUAAAAUCUAAAAAGAAAAGGCAUUCAUGUGAUGCCUAUGACUUUGGAGAUAAUGCAGAUAAUUUGGACGCUCAAGAAAGUGAGGUAAAACACAAAACUAAGAAGAAGAAGAAACGUUCCCUUGAUGCUGAUGUAUUAGUAGAAAGUACAAGUAAAGAAGACACUGAAGCAAAUGAGCACGAACAGUUUCAUAGUGUAGAUGACAGUGCAGUUGAUGAAGAAGGCUGUAAAACACCAGGCAAAAAGAAUAAAAAGAAAAAAAGAAAAAUUAAAGAUUUAGAAGAAAGCACAGAGCAGAUAAAGAGUGAUGAUAUGGAGAUAGCUCAAACAUUUAGUUUUAAUUUUAGUAUUAAUGGUGAAAGUUUAGGUGCUGAGAAAAAGGAGGAAAUUUUGGAAAAUGUGCAGAGUGAAAGUGAACAAAAGAAAGGAAAUUAUGUAGCCAGCUUCAGUGACAUAGGUUCACCACACAAGAAGAAGAGAAGAAAAGAAAGAGUAUCCUUUGCGCAGGAUAUACCUGAAAUGGAUGAAUUUACACCAGAAAUGGAGCCAAGGAUACCAGAUUGGGAGGGAAGUAAGCAGGAAAUGAGUCAAGAGGUACCAGAAAUGGAAGGAAGGGUAUCAGAUCAAGAGAUGUCAGAAGGAAGUGAAGGAUUACCAGAAAAUAUGGAUGAGUUGGCACCUGUAGAGGACGAGGAUGGUUAUGGAAGAUCUCAAAGAGCUGAAGGAUUCACUAUUGUUGAUAAAGUGAAAAGGAUAAGAAAAACUGAGGUUGAUCGUGUUUUACCUGAAUGGCUUUCAAAUCCUACGACUGUAAGCACGAAUCUUGCAGAAGGUAUUCCUGUGGAAGAUAUGGCAGGGUUUGACCCAUUCUUCUCAAAGUGCCUCCGCAGUGAACAUAUUAAAAAGUUCUUUCCCAUUCAAGUUGCUGUUAUUCCUGAGCUCUUAUCCAGUUCAAAUCCUGUGUCAAUGAGGUUUCGACCAAGAGAUGUAUGCAUAUCAGCACCAACUGGGAGUGGAAAAACCCUGGCAUAUGUCCUACCUAUUGUACAGGCUCUUCGGAAGCGUGUGGUACCUAAAUUGCGUGCUCUGAUUUUACUUCCAACACAAGAACUUGCUGUGCAGGUGCACAAUGUAAUAGAGAAGUUUGUAAGAUUUACCAACCUGCAACUAUGCUUAGCAGUUGGAAAACAUAGCUUUAAGAAAGAGCAAAAUAGUUUGGUGUUCCAAGAUUCUUCCGGUAUCUGUUCAGCUGACAUUUUAAUAGCAACACCAGGAAGACUUGUCGAUCACAUUAACUCCACUGUGGGACUCACCUUCCAGCAUUUGCGGUUUUUAAUAGUCGAUGAAGCUGAUCUUUUUCUUAGUGCAAGUGGUGGACACAUGAUGCUAAAAAUUGAGCAGCUGAAGAAACAUAUACAUAGAGCACUUCCUGAUAAUAGUCUCAUUUGUGGUGGAUUCUGUUUAAGGGAUUCCAUCACUUUACCCGAGUUCUAUAUGCAGCAGGUGUUAGUUUCAGCAACUUUGCUGCAUGAUCCAGAACAGCUUAAAGUAUUAGAUUUAUAUCGACCAAAACUUUUUGUGGCAAGAAAUGAAGAUGGAAUUAAUAAAGGAACUGUUGUGCCGUAUUUGCGUCCAGAAGAGUUGAGAGAAGAAUAUGUCUUUGUUGAACCUUCCUUAAAGCCUUUAGUCCUUUAUCAUCUGAUUCAUAAACAUAAAUUACGCAGAGUUCUAGUGUUUACCAAGUCAACAAUGUCCACUAAAACUUUAGCUAUUUUUCUUUCUGCAAUGUCAAGUCAUUACAAGAUAGCCAAAAUCUCUUCAAAAGAAAGUAAUCGGAAGGAAAUUGUGGCCCAAUUUUCUAGGGGAAAAAUUGAUGUACUCAUUGCCAGUGAUGUUAUGGCUCGUGGUUUAGAUCUCACCCGCAUAAACCAGGUAGUUUCCUAUGAUGUGCCUUCAGUCCAGAAUUAUGUGCACCGCAUCGGUAGGACUGGUCGAGCUGGCAAACAGGGUUUUGCACUUUCUCUUGUUGAAAACACAACAGAAGUAAAGAGGGAUUUCAAGGCCAUACUCAACAGCUGUCAAGACAGAUUACAUAAAAUUGAAGUACCUGAAAAGGAACUUUACUGUUACGACUCACAGUAUCAGGCAGCCCUAGCAACCCUAAAGGAGACUCUGUCUAAAGAGAAGAAGACUGUGAGGGCUACUAAAUUAAAGACAAAACUUGAAAGAAUAGGGAAAUCAAAGACAAAAGGAAAAUAAAAUGGAACUACUGUACAGAAAGAUGUAGUAAUGAUAAUGUUUUUAACCCGAUAAUUUUAUAUAGUACUAAGUAAAUACAUAAUUGGUUUUUACUGUUUGUUGAAGUUGACCGUGUCAAGUUUAUGCAUUUAAUAAAAUCUUGAGCCAUA